AAAGCGCAGCGCUUCUCGUGCAUGCGCAGUGGGCACCCGGCUGUCACAGAAGCCGGCCCGGGAAGAAGAGGGAAGGACAACUCUGCGGAAGUGGGAGCGGGUACCUGUCAAAUUCAGGUACCCGCUCCCCCUCCCUCCCCAAAGCUCUGCAGUGGGACCUUACCUGUCCCUCUAUCCAGCGGCGCGCUGUCUUCCCGGCUUCUGUAGUGUGCGUGACAGCCGGGACCCAAGUGCGCAUGCAGAAGAAGCAGUGCUCUUUGUGAAUGGUAAGGCGGUACCUGGGACACAUGACAGAUCCCAGAAGCCGCCGGACCA